CGAGCAUCGUGCUAGAUAUCGAAGCACUCGUCAAAAAUUUUUUUUUUGAUUUAAUAUUCUCAUUUUGUUUAGCAUCAUCGAAAACCUCUAAAUCCAAAUUUUUAGCGCAUUUGGUUGAGCUGGUGAAAAGUUAGCUCAAUUUUACUGUCGAGCGCUCACAAUGAUAUUUGAAAAAUAUCAUCAAAAAUCGUUCGUAUAAAGUGAAGUUUUUUUCGAUGACAUUAAUUUAAUGAAAUUUUUCGUGCAAUAAACCAAAUGAUAGAGCAUCGAAAGCUGAACAAAAUUUACCUAUUUACAAAUUAUACUUCAAUAUGCUGAUCGAACGUUAUUUCUGAAAUACUGUCUAAGGUUGACGAGUUUUUGAAUAAAAAAUAUGUCAAUUUUUUUAGUAUAUUAGCUGCCAUUUAGUCAUUUUAAAAGUCUCCAUGCUGAAUUUCACAUAUGUUGUACAACUUUUUCUCCUCUACAAAAGGGUGUGGGUGUGGGUGGGUGUGGGUGUGGGUUGGUGUGGGUGGGGUGUGGGGUGUGGGUGUGGGUGUGGGGUGGCUGGGGUGUGGGUGUGGGUGUGGGUAGGUGAUGAAGAGAAGACCCACACCCACACCCACACCCUUAUCGAAAUGUUAUUUAUCAUAUUGAUAUAAAUGAUCAUUUUAAAAAAUAUUUUCAUAUGAAUAUUAGUACACAAUAUCAACAUAUACCAUUUAUGACACAUUAUAAUAAAUUGAACGAUUACGUAAAUCAUAACAAAAAAUAAUUAAAAUGUUUUAUCUUUUUUUUUUCCUUUUCAUUUAGAUAUUAAAAUAUAUUUGCCUGGUUCUUAUAUAAAUUCACGAGAUUGUCGACCAGUUAUUGUUACAUUAUCAAAUUUUGAUGAAUUAUUUGUUUAUUAUUUUGAAGAAGAUUCUCAUAUAAAUAUACAUAAUGUUGAUCUUAUUAAAUAUUGUUCAAGCUUAUAUCAUGUUGUUGGUGGCGUACAAAGAUUAUCAAAAACAAGUAAAAAACAACAACAAAUAUUCGUUGGUGUUGCAUCUGGUGAAUAUUCAUCCAAUCCACCUGGUUCUAGUUCUAUAUCCGGUACACAUUCAUCAACUCCACCAGAUCAUGACAUUGGAUCUGCUGCAUAUUCGUGGAAUUCACCAGGUCAUGGUAUUGCACCUACUGCAUAUUCAUUGAAUUCAUCAAGUAUUGAUCCUACAUUUGUUGCAUAUUCAUCCAAUCCAUCAGCUAGUAUUAUUGCACCUGGUGCAAGUUCAUCGCAUCUACCAAGUGGUGAUGAUUCAUUUCAUGAUCCAUUUUCAAGUUUUUUUGGUGAUUUUUUUCAUUUUGGUGGUUCGAGAGAUGAUGGAUAUAAUCAAGUACCACGUGGUGGAGAUUUAGUUGUGGAUUUAUAUGUAACACUUGAAGAAGUUUAUAAUGGAAAUUUUAUUGAAGUUGUUCGAGCUAAACCCGUAGCAAAACAAACAGCUGGUUCACGAAGAUGUAAUUGUCGAAUGGAAAUGCGAACAACUCAAAUGGGUCCUGGACGAUUUCAAAUGAUGCAAGAACAAGUAUGUGAUGAAUGUCCAAAUAUAAAAUUUGUUACAGAAGAAAUGGUAUUAGAAAUUGAAGUAGAACCAGGUGUAGUUGAUGGAUAUCAAAUACCAUUUAUGGCUGAAGGAGAACCUCAUAUUGAAGGUGAACCAGGUGAUUUGAAAAUUAUUAUUCGUAUUCAAAAACAUGCAAGAUUCGAACGUAAAAAUAAUGAUUUAUACACAAAUUUAACAAUAACUCUGGAAGAUGCACUUAAUGGUUUUGAUGUAUCAUUUCCUCAUCUUGAUGGACAUAAUGUAACAAUUAAACGUCAAAAAAUUACUUGGCCUGGUGCUCGAAUAAAGAAAAAAGGUGAAGGUCUACCACAACAUGAUCAAACUAAUAUUGUUGGUGAUCUUUAUGUUACAAUUGAUGUUGAUUUUCCUAAAGGUGAAUUCAAUGAUGAACAACGAGAAGCUAUUAAAACUUUAUUACAACAAGCAUCGAAACAUCGAUUAUAUAAUGGCUUAUAG